AUGAACUUUUUCGACACCCCGAUCUCGCUGUCCAAGCUCCGGGACGAGCUUGUUCGCAUGGAGGACACCAUCAUCUUUGCCCUCGUCGAGCGCUCGCUCUUUUCCCAGAACACAAUCAUCUACAAGCACAAGGGCUUCGAGUUCUCCGACUACGACGGUUCCUUCCUCGAGUACUUUCUCCACGAGACCGAGUGUGUCCAUGCCAAGGUCCGUCGCUACACCUCCCCAGACGAAUACCCCUUCACGGCCAACCUUCCCGAGCCGAUACUGCCCCCGCUGGCCUUCCCAAAGCUCCUGAUCCCCAACGACAUCAACGUCAACCAGCAACUCGUCGAGCUCUACACCUCCAAGAUCGUGCCCCUCAUCUGUGUCGACGGCGACGACGGCAACUAUGGCUCGUCCGCCACCAAGGACGUCGAGGCCCUGCAGAUCCUGUCCCGCCGCAUCCACAUGGGCAAGUACGUGGCCGAGGCAAAGUUCAACGACCCGGCCCAGCAUGACCAGUACGUGGCGCUGAUCAAGGCCCAGGACCGUGACGGGCUCAUGGCGCUGCUGACCAACGCCGCUGUCGAGGAGCGGCUCCUGCGCCGUGUCGAGAAGAAGGCCAUGAUCUACGGCCAAGAGAUCGACGACAGCGACAAGCCCUCGACGGGCCAUCUGCGUCUGCCCCUGAAGCUCGUCAGCGAUCUCUACGAGGAACACAUCAUCCCGCUCACCAAGCAGGUCGAGGUGGACUACCUGCUCCAGCGGCUGAACUACCCCGACUUUACUCCCGAAGUUCCUUACACCCACUGA